UGCCGCUGCCCUCCGGACAAACGGAGCAGCGCCCCGAAACCUCGUCACGGCCUCGGCACUUGAGGGGAGCAGCGAGGCCGAGCCGUGGGAAGGGAAUAAUGCAGGGAGAUCGAUGCUCAGUUUUUUACACUUGCAUGGUGUGGCUGCUGUGGUGUGUGGUUUGGGUAGGGGGAAGGAGGGGUUUGGACACAAAUCAGUGGGUUUGUGGUCAUGUCAGGAGUUUGUGGUCCUGUCAGGGGUUUGUUGUCCUGUCAGGGGUUCGUUGUCCUGUCAGGAGUUUGUGGCCCUGUCAGGGGUUCGUUGUCCUGUCAGGAGUUCAGUGAGCUGUCAGGGCAGCGUGGGGACCAAGGUGUGUUCUGCAUGGCCCCUCACCCCAGCUGCUCCCCACAGGUGCCUCUAUGCUCUGAAGGUGGGCUGGAGGGUGUGCUGGGCCAGGGCAGAGGAGGAGGAUGAGCAGAGACACAUAGCCUUCAUCUCGCACGACAUCAGCAUGCUGCGUCUGUUUGAGACCUUCCUGGAGAACACGCCGCAGCUCACCCUGCUGCUCUACAUCGUCCUGCGGACCAACAAGGCUGAGAUUUCCCAAGGCCUGGGGAUGGUCACGGCGUUCCUGUGUGUGUCCUGGUCUCUGCUGGAUUACCACCAGUCCCUGCGCUCCUUCCUGCAGGACAAGUACGAGCUGAGCCGGAGCUCCUCCAUCGUUUACUUCCUCUGGAACCUCUUCCUCAUCUGCCCCCGCAUCCUGGCGCUGGCGCUCUUCGCCCUGCUCUGGCCCUAUGGCAUGGCUGUGCACUUCUCCCUGCUGUGGCUGGCCAUGUUCCUGUGGGUCAGCCUGCAGGGCACAGACUUCAUGGAGUCACCGGGCUCCGAGCAGCUUUACCGGGCCAUGGUGGCUGUGAUCCUCUACUUCAGCUGGUUCAACGUGGCACAGGGCAGGACGCUGCACCGCAGCAUCAUCUACCACGGCUUCAUGCUGGUGGACAGCACCCUGCUGGGCCUGGCCUGGCUCUGGGGCCGGCCUCCUGAGGAGGAGGAGGAGCACUCAUACCUCAUCCCUGUGGUGUCUGCAGCCCUGCCCUGCUACCUGCUGGGGCUGGGGCUCAGGGUCACCUACUACAAAUGGCUGCACCCCAACGUGCGGGUGCGGCAGGAGGGCAGAUAUGACGAGGUGGAUGCCAAUGGAGGAGGGGAUGGGGUGGAGUUUCGCUCGUUUUUGGAACCAGACCUGGUCAACAGGCGGAUGCAGUGGCUGGCCCAGAGCCACUUCUCCUUGUCCCAGCCAGCACAGCAGCACUUCCUGAAUGGAGAUGCUGCUGUGGAGUCUGCUGUGUGAGGGCAGCUCCUCUAAAGGGACAUCGGGGGGAGGUACACUUGUUGGUGUGCCCCUGGUUGUGCCCCCCAGGCUGUUGUUUUGGACAGCUGGAGGGAGCUGGCAGAAACCGGGGGUGGUGUGCAAACACCCAGUGAGUCCCAUGGCACUCAGCAUGGCUCCCAUGGCUGUACCCUCGGGGAAAGCCACAGUGUGGGGAGUCCAGCACAUUGUAGCAUCUGGCUGCACUGCUCUGUCUACUUUUCUUGUUAUUUAUUUGUAGCUUUUUCAAAAAAAGAAAAAUGAAAACAAGAGCACUGGUUUA